AGUCGCACUUCAGCUUUCGCCGCGGGAGCUGGGCGGGCUAGCGGAGCGCGCGUCCGUAGCCGGUCGGCCGUUUCCGUCCGAGAUCGGGUCGGCACGAACGCACUGCGCAGGCGUCAGUAUCAGCAGGCUGUCCAACUGUCCGGAGGUUCUUCGUGCGCGUCUGGCGAGGAAUCAGCUGAUCAGUUGGAACGCGAGGGGGGGAGCAAGAGAAACAAAACAAAAAAAAAAUGAUUUCAGUACGUGUGAUAUCGGCAGCAAAUGGGCUGACAUCGCGGUCAUGAAGCAUAGAAGAAUGCGGGGCGUCGGCGGGAAACUUCGAGUACAAAUUCAUUGUUCGAUUGACCGUAUCGUUUUCCUACGUUUGUGAUAUUAGUUUUUUUGUUGUUUUGACAUGCCGACCGUGGUGUCGAAGUGCAUAGACCGGACGGCCGCGCGGUACAACAUACCGAAGGAGCACAUCACGAGGAGUGUCGUGGCCGUGGCUGUGUUGCUCUACGGCCUGAAGCUCGGCUACCCGUACAUCCAGUCGCUGCGCAGGUCCCCCGCGAGGAAGAACCACGAGAAUGGGCACGGGGCCCCGGUCAUCGUGCCGGUCGCGAAGACGCCGCACGACGACGACGCCGACGAGGUUGAAUCCGUCAACGAGGAGGUGGUGCGGCCCAAGGCGCCCGCCUUCAACGUGGAGUUCCUGCUGCAGCUGCGCAAGCUGGCGCGCAUCAUGGUGCCCGGGGUGUGGACCCGCGAGGUGGCGCUGCUGGGGGUGCACUCGGCGGCGCUGGCCACCAGGACCUUCCUGUCCAUCUACGUGGCGGCCAUGGAGGGCCAGAUCGUCAAGUACAUCGUGCGCAAGGACGUGCGCAACUUCUCGCUGAUGCUGCUCAAGUGGCUGGGGGUGGCCGUGCCCGCCACCUUCGUCAACUCCAUGAUCCGCUUCCUGGAGAGCAAGCUGGCGCUCGCUUUCAGGACUCGCCUUGUGCACCACUCCUACAAACUCUACUUCCACAACCAGACCUACUACCGAACUUCAAACCUCGAUGGCCGAAUAGAGAACGCAGACCACCGCUUGACGGAUGACAUAACCGCGUUUGCGUCAUCCGUCGCCCACCUCUACUCGCACAUCACCAAGCCGCUCUUUGACCUGCUGCUGAUUGCCUUGGCGCUGGCGAAGACAAGUCAGAGGAUGGGAGCAGCGGUCGUGCCUGGUCCCCUUCUGGCAACCAUUGUGAUAGCGGUCACAGGGCAGACGCUGAAGGCUCUGUCGCCCAAGUUCGGCUCGCUGGUGGCGGAGGAGGCUAGUCGGAAAGCAUUCCUGCGCAACAUCCACUCCAGAAUCAUCACCAACGCAGAGGAGAUAGCCUUCUACGGCGGCCAUCAGGUGGAGCUGAGCCACCUGCAGAGGGCCUACCUGUUGCUGGUGUCGCAGAUGAACCUCAUCUGCUCGCAGCGCCUGUGGUACGUCAUGCUGGAGCAGUUCCUCAUGAAGUACGUGUGGAGCGGCACGGGCAUGAUCAUGGUGUCCCUGCCCAUCCUCACCAGCUCCCGCAUCUCAGACCUGGAUGGCGCGGUGGACGGCGGCGUGAGCGACAGGACGCAGUACUUCACGACGGCGCGGAACCUGCUGGUGUCUGGUGCGGACGCUGUCGAGCGACUCAUGUCCUCCUACAAGGAGAUAGUGGAGCUGGCGGGCUACACCUGGAGGGUCGGGGAGAUGCUGGACGUGUUCGAGGACGUGAGCCGCGGCAAGUACCACCGCACCCUCGUCAGCAACUCCGAGAACAAGCACCUCAAGGGGAAGGACAGCGUCUUCCGGCUGGAGUUCCGCGACGGUCAGCCCGUGCCCAAGGGCGCAGUGAAGGAGACGGGCGACUGCGUCAUCUCGCUGGUGAACGUCCCGAUCGUGACUCCCAACUGCGACGUGGUGUGCCCCGACCUGACGCUGCGCGUGGAGCCUGGCAUGCACCUGCUUAUCACGGGCCCCAACGGCUGUGGCAAGUCGUCGCUGUUCCGCAUCCUCAGCGGUCUGUGGCCGGUCUACAGCGGGGAGCUGACCAAGCCGCCCACCGCCGACAUGUUCUACAUUCCCCAGAGGCCCUACAUGUCGCUGGGGUCGCUGGCGGACCAGGUGAUCUACCCGCACACGGCGGACGACAUGGCGCGCCAGGGCCGCUCCGUGGAGCACCUGGAGUCCUGCCUGCGGCUGGUGCACCUCAGCCACAUCGUGGAGCGCGAGGGCGGCUGGGCCGUCUCCGCCGACUGGAAGGACGUGCUGUCGGGCGGCGAGAAGCAGCGCAUGGCCAUGGCCCGCCUCUUCUACCACAGGCCAAAGUUUGCUUUGCUGGAUGAAUGCACGAGUGCAGUGAGCAUCGACGUGGAGAGUGAGAUUUACGAGUCGGCAAAGAAGGCUGGCAUCACGUUGCUCACCAUCACCCACCGACCUUCUCUCUGGAAGUUCCACACCCACCUGCUGCAGUUCGACGGCGAGGGGGGCUGGAAGCUGGAGGUGCUGGACUCCACGGCCAAGCUCUCGCUGCAGGAGGAGAAGGAGCAGCUCGAGGCUCAGGUCUCCGACGCCCAGGACAGACUUCGGGAGCUUACGAAGGUUCUGGCCGAUGACUGCAAGAAGGUAGCAGCUACAUGAAGACUCGAUGUGUUACUGUGUCACGCCAUGAAGGGCCAACGUCCACAGUUUUAGUGCAUGCACUGAAGUGGAUGGUCCAUUUGUUUCACGAAUAGAACUCAUAGCCACCUCACAACUCCUGCGUGAAUGUGGAUCCACUUCACACAGCACUCUGCCGUGCUCAAGAAGGUAGAGGAACGUCAGAACGUCUGUGUGCAUGUUCCAACGGCAUGGUGUUUUGAGGCAGAAGAAAUAUAAUCUGCAGAGGUUCAGAUGGAAUUUUGUAGACAGGAGAAAAUGCAAGUAAUACACUAUGAAAUGUGUAGUUUUCGUACCUUCUGGUGUUAGAAAGUUACGUUACUUUAAGCCUCUGUAACCACCAAAGAGCAGUAUUUAAGCGUCUUCCGGAGUUGCUGGGUAGGUACCUGCUGAAUUGUGCCUGGGUAAGAUGCGGAGGGAAAUGGGGUGCAUACACAGUAGGAGAUAUGAGACUGUGAAAGUUCAGUCCUAUUGUAAAUAUAUAUUUUGUAUUAAACAUUUUCUCUUAUCCCUCGCGUGUCCUGUGGAUUCACUACCAAGCCACAACCUCGUUUGGUGUGAAGUUGCAGAGAAUAUCGUUCCUGAUAGUGUGAUGCGGGAAUAAAUUCAAAUGGUUAUUUUAAUUGUUUUAUAUUCAAGUAGAUGUAUGAAUCUUGUUGAUGCACAGAAUGGGAUGUGUGUGUAAAUUUGUAUUAGUUGAUAUUUAAAUUUUUUAAUCAUAUGGGAUGAUAACCUAGAUUUUCAAUGUGUUUCUCUAGUGUGUGAUGUUAACACCGAAUCAAGGUAAACAUACAGAUACUUAGUUUAUUGUAAUGUAAAAAAAUCUGACAUUCUUGGUUUAAAAAAAAAAAACUCCUACAGUGUCCCUCACUCUGGGUUUAAUGCUUUUGUUUUGUUCAGACUUCUCAUUUGCAAGAAUAAAUAUUUAGGCACUGUCAGUAGUGGACAGUAAAGAGUGCACAGGAUGUCUACCAACUGAGAAACCCAGGAAAAUGCCGGGCAUUUGAUGUGAUUGAGAACUAAGCUGGAAAAAGCCAUGAAUUUAUAGAUAAUUCAGGGAAUACUGUGUUGUGUUGGUAAUAAUUUCCACUUGAAGUUGGGCGAGAUUAGUCUUUUAAUUUUGUUUACCAUUUCACAUCACCAGGCCGACGGUGAACAUUUUGUGAGGGAACGCAUGUUUGAAUCACUCUAGCGCGAUGGCGAACACUUAGGAUACAAUGCAACAAAAAUAUCCGAAUGCACACCCGCCCCUUUCACCAUACAGCUUUAUUUUCCGCCGGCGCUACUUAUCUCGACAGCUUUUCCCCAUGGAUUCAACAAGGUCGCUUUACAGCACAAACGUUUGCUUCUUUCACCUAAGCACGGCACACUGCACGCUUCCUGUCAGCCGUCCUCCACUGCAUUCCCCUUUACCCCCCUUAUAACUGUUCCACAACACAGCGAUGUAUCUGCACUUAAUCUUCUUGACCUCUCUUGGGUGGUACAUAGUUGCAGCCCAUGUCUAAUAAACUAACGUUAUUAAAAUCGAUUUCAUUUUCAUUAUGAAAUCAGUGCCAAAUGGACUUUGCGCUCGUUAAAAGAUACUGUUGCACCAUAUUUAUGCUUGUUGUUUUGGUGACAGUUGGGAGUUCAAUUUGCUUUUCUAGGGCAUCUCUCCUUUUAGGAAUAUGUCUGCUAUUAAAAUAAAUUUAUACUUGAAUUUGAAAAUUUGUCGAUUUUGUUCCAGAGAUGAUUGAACUUGGACUUGGUGCAAAUAAUGGCAUAUUGUGAAUUAUAGUGGUCGGAGGUGGGUCAAUCAUAGGUCCAAAAUGUUUAUUAUGACUCCCCCACACUCUCACUAUUACAAUCAUAUUCCUGGAAACCGUGAAAGGUUGUAACAGUGGGGUUUUACAUAUUACGUAUUAGUUUUUAGUGUGACUAUCAGAAUAAUUUAAAUUAUUAUAGUAGUAUACGUAAAUUCUGUGACUACUGUUUGCACGGCAGUUUGGUUUUUCGAGCUCAGCGCAUCAGAUUACUAGUGAAUUAAAGUCAUUUAGGUUUUAUCCUUUCAUGAAAGUAAUGUAAGUUUAUCAAUACACAUAAUAAUAAUAAUAAUAAUAAUAAUAAUUAUCAAGGCUACCAAUGUUGCUUGUGGCACGUGCGUGAUUGACAUAACAAAUCUUAUCUUUUCAAAACUUCGCAACAUACAUCCUAACGUUAGUGACGACAUUGAUUUUAAAUGGAAGGCAUCACUUGGGUUACACCCAAUGCACAUUUACAUUUACAAUGUUUUCAUAGAUACAGAUAAUCAUACGUAAGUGCAUAUUUACAUGCAAGGAAAAAUGUUUAGUUUUGUUGUGUUUAUUUAAUCUAUGCUGAAUGGAUUGCCCUUCAUGCUUUUUCCACAAGGAAUGCAUUUUAUACGUGGUUUCAGGAAAGAAAAUUCACAAUAAUGUUUUUUUUUUUGCAAUGGAUUGAAUGUGACAUAUGUUAUAUUUCCUUGAGGUGUGUAUCAGCUGUGCCAUUUUUUUUUUUGUUUUGCACAACCAUGUACCUCCUCAAGGGUAGAAAACUACAUUUUUUUCCAUGGUCAUUGUACAAGGCUUCAUGACCUGGGCAAUUGGCGGACAAAACAACUCUCCCUUGGUUUCUGCGGAGAUACGGCCUGUGCACAAUAUAGUAUCUGCAGCAUAGUGUAAUCACAGUUUACUGCAAGAAUAUGCAAUUCUCAUUGGGUAAAAUGCUAUGCAAUUUAAAACGUGUGUUUUUUUUUUAUUUGCUAACCAAACUUUGUUUUGUUUGGUGACCAGAUAAGGCUCAGCUUUGAAUAUGUCACUGGGGGGGUCUAAGGCUUCUAAUAGACAAGCAUAUAAAAUGUGACAAGCAACACGUGAUGAGUUCAAUGUUGAAACCACCUCACGUGAUCGAAGACGGUUCAAAGUACAUGAGCAUUUUAUCCACGCAUGUGACUGCGUUUUCAGCGGAUCAGUUGGCUCGAUCAUAAUGUUGCAUUGCAACGCUCAUGUUGAGACCUGUAGCUAUAAUAGACAAGCGAUUUCCUCCUGGCAUACAAAUUAUAUAUGCUAUAGGCAUGGGCCUCACUAUGACCUAUUUCAGAGGGUGAGGGGAACAUUUGAUUUAAAAUAAAUAAACUUAGAGCUUUGUAACGUGUGUAAAUGUACUACUAAUUUACUUAAUAUUUAAAAUAAUCCGAAAUAGAAUAUUGUAAAAAAUUAUACUAACUGUGCAGUUUAUUUUGUGUUUAUUUUCAACGCAUAAAGCAUUAUUGUGAAAUUAUGGUGACUAAAGUUUUAAUGAAAUUAAUUGGGCUGGAUGCACCCUCCAAUGUUCAAGGCUUUCCUUUUCCGCUGUUUUCAUAAGCACAGAUAAACAACAUAUCUGGAUGGCAGCCUCCUCGUGACUAGUCCUUUUAUAGUACGCAGUCUACGGCAUGCUAUACGUUGCAUUUACAUAAUAGUAUAUUGUCCGUCCUUUUAUUUUGACCUCUAAAACAGGUCGUGCUUCAUGUUUUUUAUGCUCGUCUAUUACAGGCUUCCAUCUUACAAAUAAUCAGAAAUACUAUAAAAAAAAUUAUCCAGUAAAGGUAGGGAGGGGGAAUGGGAAUUUAAACACUCUAGUUUGGUAGACAUCAUGGUGUAUUACUGAUAAGUCAAUCUUGCAAACAUAAUUUAGAGAAUUACGAGUGUGUGUAAAAUCGAGAUUUGACUUUUAAUAGUGUAAAUACUAUAGAAAUGGUAUCCAUCAAUCUAAAAGUUACCAUAGACUGUAGCAUCUAGCUCAUGUCUCCAAACUUAUUAUCUUUCAUCUACCAAAUACUAUACUAAUUGACUUUUUAUGUAGAUCAUGCAAAGUUUAAACAUUGGCUUAAGCAGUGUUAAAGUUCAGGGAACAAUAUUAUGUAGCUAUAGUACUUUUUAAUAAAUAAUUAAUUGAUAAACAUAGCAUUGUUAUAUGCACCAAAGCUUAUUUCUGAGGGAAGGUGAAAAAAUAGCAGAGUAGAAUUCGGCCUAGACUGAAUUUAUCAUGUUUCAUUAUGAUGUUGACAUUGCCAGAACUGGUCCGACAACACUUUUUGACGACCAAGUAAAUUCAUCGCUCACUGAAGUGUUAAACUGGCUGUAAUUAGUAUUUUCUUAGUGAUAUAUACUAUGUACACUUCAAGUUCUAGAACAUUAAAUGUUACAGGUAUGUACAGAAAGCCUUUUGUGUUCAUCUCAAGCAAUGAAAUGAUACGAAUGCCACUUAAAAAGUAGAGGUGGUGAUGCGUGCCCCCUCCCUCCUGGGCCUCACAGGCAAGUAGUUUCAGGUGUGGGCCCCUUGAAUGGUACGUUUUAAUGUCAAUGUAAGAUAAUUGUCCGUCACUCACGGUGUAACUAACGAUGGUCCGUUGCCCAUCCAGGAAAAUGUGCAGAAAGUUUUCAUUCAUAUCAGCCAGUCAUUGCAAUCUGUAAUCAGCGUUGGCCUAGCUCUAAAACAUGGUUUAAAACCACUGUCGCUUCACUAGUUGCUGUGUUGGACUCUUUGAGCUUAGCACAAUAAUUGUAAAUUGCUAAAACAUUAAAACAUGUCAUUCUUGAAAACAUAUUAUUUACAAGAAAUUUUGAUGCAUAUAUAUAUAUAUCACUUAUUUUUUGUUAUCUUCUAAAUAUAAAAAACAGAUGAUUAUUCAUUAAUAAAACUUUCUUUUAAUAUGAAUAAUUGUCUCAUGGUUGCUCAUUAGAAGACAAUUUCUUAGGUUUCUGCAGCUGAGUUGUACAAUUCUGCUUUUAUAGACCCAUUCUCAAAAUAUUUCUUCGUAAAACUCUGGCAUCAGCAAAAUAAAAAAUAUUAUAUACAACGGCUGGUAACGCUGAGCCUUAAAAACUAGGGAAAUUGCAGUUUUUCACAAUUUAAAAGCUUAUUAUCUGGUGCAUGCCUGUAUUUUUCCCCCCACUUACUUAACUAAACAACUAAACUUUAUUGGAACUUAACUUUUCCUUCCCCAUGAUGCUGCAUGUAGGAGUGGGUAUAAUCCAGCAAUGACUAAUAAAUUCAAGCCAUUGGCAGUCGCAACAGAGAUAUUUUCAAGGUAGAUUUCAAAAGUUCUGGGGUGACACAAAUCAACCUUAGUCUAUAUUGGAAUGUACGCACAAUUGGCAAUGUUGUAGUGCAUGUUCGUGCCGAGAGAAACUUAACCAAAGCAGGGAAGACGGCAGUUUGCAACACCAAGCAUUUCACGAGCUCACUCAGACACGUUUGUUGGUAAAAUAAGGGGAGUAGAUUUGCAGGCAGAACGAAACAGUUUUAACAUACAGCAGUUAUAAAAUUACUCUAUAAUUGCACGUACAUUACUAUAAUUUUUUUUAACUUAAAAACUUUGGUAGAUGAGAUAGUACAAAUUGAAGUCUUUCUAUAAAAAUUUUUUUGUCAAGAUCUUUGGAUAGGUGUUUCUAACCUAUUUAUUAAAAACAUGGUUAAGUCUUUCAGUAGUAAAUAUUUCCUUAAACAUUUAUCAAUAGUAAAUAAAAACAUAAAAACUUUUGAAAUGCCUUAUAAAGUGUAAAUUAUGUCUUGUUCUCACAUACUGUAGGUUUAAAAGUUGCAACAAAAAUGUAAUUUGUAGUUUCAGGUUAUAGGUCUAGAAAUGAACUAUAUCUUCAAAUUUUAAUGUUUACUAUGCUCAACCUUCUAGUUAAAAAAUUUGUACAUAGUGUAAUUUAAACACUUGAAGGCUACAAAAGUGUAUUGGCUGUGUGCCUCCAAGGCAAACUUAUCAUGGAUGUAUUCUGGAGUAAAAAACCUUGAUAGUAUACUGACAUGGACUUUUUUUAUAUAUGUGAAGAGCAAGCAAGAAUAGAGAAUUGUUUUCAAUUUUGUAACCUAUCAGUUUUUAUUUUUAAGGUGUGACAAAUUCAGAUGUUCAGUUAUGAAUACUGCACACUAUUUGCUUUUAGUGAAAGUUGCUUUAGCUGUACUGUAUAGUAAGUGGUAAUGAAUGCACUUAAAAUAGUUUUGAUACAAUUGAAUAUUCUGUUUAUUUAUGCAUUGAUUGUAUGAUGAUGUAUUAUUAAACUGUAUGUACAUUACACCUGGGAUUGUUUAAAUUUGUCAUAUACUAUCUAUUUUCGGUAAGGGGCAACAAUAUGCAUGAACGUGUAUUUUUUUUUUAUUGAACAAUGAUCAAUAAUUUGCCAACUCGUACACAUGUCCUUGUACUAUGGUGAUUUAUUGACAGUACAAUGAUUUUGGUUCUUAUUAUCAGUAGCAUGUACUGGGAAAAAAAAGUCUGUAUCAAACUUAUCAUUCCCUAUGCUUAUGUUGUACCUAGUUGCUUGCACCACCAGCCCUAGGUCAUUUUGGUUGCUAAAAAUUCUGACCCCUGGCAUAACUGAAAUUUAUGGUCAUAAAGUUGGUAUACAAGUGGUUUGCAGCCAGGAAUGUUGAGACAAAUCAAGUCCCUGCCCCAUUAUUUAAUGUACAAUUUUUUUAGACCCUAAAAUAAAUAAAAAAAACAUCUUGAAGACUAAACAUUACAGUGGCCAUAACUGUAAUGUGAUCUGGAAAAUGGCAUAACUUGUAAGAUUUCAAAUAAAUUUUAUUAGCAAUUGAA